AGCUAUCCAUGUUCGGGCAAACUGAGAGUGUGCCAUGUAGUCGAGUACCAGUAAUGGUUUGAGAGCGCAAUAAUUGCGCGAAGAUAAGUCCUUACAUGAGUCCAAAAAUGAAAUUCCUGCAAACUCGCCGUAUAGCACAAAAUAUAUGAAGCCACACGUAUAUUUUUGGCACUCACUGUACCGUGCUUGUGCAACGGAAAAAAAAUGUAAUUCGUUUUCCCACCGAACUGGCAACACUGCCACGGGGCCGGCUGUCAAACACGCUGUUUGUUUACAUUACAUUUAACUACCAGCUUCUCCUGUGGCUAUUAGCGAGUGUGCUGUUCAGCUGGCAUUUUUCUGUGUUCUAGUGCGUCGUUUUUAGUCGUGCUUCGAUAAAAAAGAUAUAAAACAACGGCUUGUUCAACCCCGCUGACGGGAAAGUGUUAAGAAUUGUGCAACAAAUCGGUGUGCAUCGGUGUGUGUGCGUGUACGAAAGCAUCCAAACAACCCGUCGAACAAGCCGGCAGGCAUCAUCUUCGCAUCGGGAAAUAAAAGCCCCCACUUCACAGGUUCCGCAAAACACGCUGCCCCUAGGCGUGUGAGAUACAGCAACAGCAGCAGCAGCAGACAGCCGCCAUCGACCCCCCGAACACAGAGUACACGUACACAGACGCGGCGAGAGUUGAGAAUUCCCACCAGCAGAGGCAUCAACCACGAUUCACGAAACGAACGUGAACGAAUCGUGACAUAAUCCGUCACAUACGCCACGCCACGUUGAGCAAACGUCGUACAAAGUUUCGUACAGUGCCAGGUUCGCAACAAAAGACACCACCAAACGCGCGCCAAAGUUGAUCCAGCGGACGAAUUUUCUGUGCAGCCAAAAAGACAGAAAAAAACACACACACAGGAUGGAGUUUGAUUCCGGUUCCGCUGAGCUGAACCAACGAAUAGACGAAUGGUUGCGCUGGGAUAAGAACGAGAAGAAUUCGCAAGAGAUACGCGAUCUGGCCGGGCGCGGUGAUUGGAAGGUGCUGGGCGAUCGGUUGCUGCAACGGCUCACGUUCGGUACGGCCGGUUUGCGUGGUGUGAUGCAGGCCGGGUUUAAUGCGAUGAACGAUCUGGUGGUGAUACAGUCGGCGCAAGGUUUGGCCAAGUAUUUGCUGCAGUGCUAUCCGACGGUGGAGGAACGGUCGCGUGGCGUCGUGCUGGGAUACGACGGGCGGUACAACAGCAAAAGAUUUGCCGAGCUAAGUGCUUGCGUUUUCCUGAACGAAAACAUUCCCGUCUGGCUGUACAGUCGCACGGUCGCGACACCGUUCGUCCCGUUUGCCGUGCUGGAGCUAAAAUGUUUGGCCGGCAUCAUGGUGACGGCGUCCCACAACCCGAAGGAAGACAACGGUUACAAGGUGUACUGGACGAACAGUGCCCAGAUCAUACCGCCGCACGACAAGAACAUACAGACCUCAAUUAUGGAGAAUCUGGAACCGCUCGAAACGUCCUGGAACCUGGAGCUGCUGCUGUCGGACAAACUUAACGACCCGUACGACCAGAUGGUGGAGCUGUACUUCCGCAAACUGCAAGCGAACGUACCGCGGCCCUUCAUCACCGACUACAACGCCGCCAGUCCGCUCCGGUUCGUCUAUUCCGCCAUGCACGGCGUUGGCUAUCCGUUCGUGGUGAAAGCGUUCGAGUGUGCCCGGUUGCCGGCGGUCAUUGCCGUACCGGAGCAGCGUGAUCCCGAUCCGGAGUUUCGCACGGUAAAGUUCCCGAACCCGGAGGAGGGCAAAUCGAGCCUGGUGCUGUCGAUGCAGCUCGCCAACGAAACCGGAUGCGACGUGAUACUGGCUAACGAUCCGGACGCGGAUCGGUUGGCCUGUGCCGAAAAGGAUGCCAACGGUGAAUGGCGCGUUUUCAGCGGGAACGAGCUCGGCGCACUGUUGGGCUGGUGGGCAAUCCGAUGCUACCGGGAACAGUAUCCGGACCGGAGUCUGUCCGAUUGCUAUCUGAUAGCGAGCACGGUCAGCAGCAAGAUGUGCCGCUCGAUUGCGAACGUGGACGGGCUGCACUUUAUCGAAACGCUGACCGGAUUCAAGUGGAUGGGCAAUAAAUCGGUGGAACUGCUCGCCCAGGGUAAAACCGUCCUGUUCGCAUUCGAGGAAGCGAUCGGGUUCAUGUUUUCACCGACCGUACUCGACAAGGAUGGCGUCAGCGCCGCCUGCCAUCUUGCCACGAUGGCUUGCUAUCUGCGGGCCACCUCGAACCAAUCGUUAGCCGACAAGCUAAACGAAUUGUACGACAUUUACGGGUUUCACUGUACGUUCGCAUCGUACCACUUCUGCUACGAACCGCCAGUCAUCGAGCGGAUCUUCAAGCGCAUCCGGAACAUGGAAAAGGACGGCCAGGAAGACCAACGCUAUCCACGAUCGAUUGCCGGCGGUCGGUUUAAGAUAGCGGACGUGCGGGAUCUUACCACCGGGUACGAUUCCUCCCAGCCGGACGGCCUUGCCGUACUGCCGACGAGCAAAAGCUCUCAGAUGAUAACGUUUUCGUUUGAAAAUGGAGCCGUCGUUACGUUGCGUACGAGCGGAACGGAGCCGAAAGUCAAAUAUUAUGCCGAAAUGUGUGCCCAGCCAGGACAACGUGACUGGAACGGUUCGAAGGCAACACUUCGCGAGAUGGUGGACUGCAUUGUGGAGGAAUUGCUGCAGCCGAAGGAAAAUAAUCUCACCCCACGAUCCGACUAAAGCGGUUCACAAACGGGAUGCUGUUCCGAUCAUUCCGUUGCGGUACACUGGUUUGAGUGUACGCGUAUAGCUACAGCUCGUGUACAGCAGGCUGUAAUCUCGAAUGGAAGACGAACCGAAACCCGAAGGAGGAGAAGCUCACCGAGGCAUGCACUAAUUGACAAUUAUUAUUUUACUGUAACUACUUCCUUUUAGAAGGGUCUGAUAUCUCUAGCUGCUUCAGAUUCAG